UGACGAGCACAGUACAGCCAAUGGAAUUGGGACAUAAACGAGGCCGUGAAAGUGUGUGAAAGGGGCUAAGCUAGUCCUAAGCUAAUUGUCCGAUUAGAAAUCUCUGUUACAUUUCAUACCGAAGUCUACAUUGAGCAACCGAGGAGUCAUUUCAGAGGUCAGCAUCAUGGGUGAACCUCAGCAGGUUAGUGCCCUGCCUCCUCCGCCUAUGCAGUACAUCAAAGAAUACACAGAUGAAAACAUUCGUAAGGGCCUGGCUCCUAAGCCACCUCCACCCAUCAGAGACAACUACAUGAUGUUUGGCAACCAGUUCCAGUGUGAUGACCUUAUCAUCCGGCCUCUGGAGAGCCAAGGAAUUGAAAGGCUGCAUCCUAUGCAGUUUGACCACAAACGGGAGUUGAAGAAGCUCAAUAUGUCCAUUCUCGUGAACUUUCUGGACCUGCUGGACAUCCUUAUCAAAAGCCCUGGCAGCAUAAAGCGUGAGGAGAAGCUGGAGGACAUAAAACUUUUGUUUGUUCAUUUGCACCACCUGAUAAAUGAAUACAGGCCACAUCAAGCCAGGGAGACACUGAGGGUGAUGAUGGAGGUGCAGAAGAGACAGAGGCUAGAGACAGCUGAGAGGUUCCAGAAACAUCUGGAGAGGGUGGUGGAGAUGAUCCAGGGGUGCCUUGCCUCCUUACCUGAUGACUUGCCGCAGAUGGAAGGUACGGACGGUGCUGGUGAUGGGACAAGGAGUGUGUCUGCAGCAGUUAGUGUUGGUUAUUCUUCUGGGCAGGCCCCCAGGCUGAAAACUGAACCAAUGGAUGUAGAGGAAGCAGGUGCCAGCUGUAUGGCAGCAGGUCACCAGGACAAGAGCAUCCCUACCUCAAAGAGGGACAAAGUAUGGGACAAGGAUGCUGCCAUGUGCAGUAUUAUAGAUGAAAUUGCUUAAUUUUCCUGUUGAGUCGUCAUUUUUUGUACACCUAAACUUUGUUUUUUGUAUGCUGUUCUUAGAGUAAGUAUGAACAGGUUUGCUGUGUUUUCACUGGGCCUGAAAUCUUAUCUGGAGUUGAAUGGUGUUUUAUUAAAAAAAAAAAAAAAAAUCAUGUAGAUAUUAACAGUUUCUGUUAAGAUGUUAAAGAAUGUAUAUAUUACACAGAUUAACUGGGUUGCCAACUUUCUGUUUUUGUAAUAAAACCAAUAAAAAAAUUCCAAUUGCA